AUGAAAGCUGUCAUCCAAAAGGUUAAAUCGGCUUCAGUAAGCGUUGAUGGGAAACUAGUGUCGUCAAUUGGUAAAGGUCUACUUGUACUAAUUGGAAUUGGAAUAAACGACUCCAACGAAGAUUGCAUUAAACUAUCCAAAAAAAUCGUCAACUUGAAACUAUUCAAAACUGACGAAAAUGACUUAAAUGCUCCACAUUGGAAGAAAAGCGUUAAAGAUGUUGAUGGCGAAAUUUUGUCAAUUUCUCAAUUUACUUUAUUUGCUAAAACUAAAAAAGGAACCAAACCAGAUUUCCACAAUGCAAUGAAUUCCACACUUUCAAAGGCUUUAUAUGAUGAUUUCCUAGGUGUAUUGAAGAAGGACAUCAAUUCAGAUGAAAAAAUUAAAGAUGGUGUCUUUGGUGCAAUGAUGGAUGUGAGUUUGGUUAACGAUGGUCCUGUUACAGUUAUCGUAGACACAAAGGAAUAA